AUGGAAUUUCUCAGCCGAGCUACAGCCAGUAGCGAUCACCAUGGUCAGGAAGGGAUUCCCGAGGAGCCAGACUACGCCAUCCGUUGCUACGCAACCAAGCACUCAUGGCGAGGACGCUACAAGCGGGUCUUCUGUGUGUCAUCCUCCGCUAUUAUCACACUCGAUCCCCACUCGCUCUCGUCUACCAACCACUACACCCUCGCGGCGGAUUAUGAGGGGAUUGUGGUGGCUCCUCCGCUUGGAGGGAAGGAAGAUGGGCAGCAGCUGGAAUUCACAAUCAACGUUCGCACAGAUGGACGUGGCAAGUACAAGCCCAUCAAGUUCUCUGCACGGCACCGUGCAUCUUUGCUGACGGAACUGCACAGGGUGGUGGCGGCACUGCAUCCCCACCCUCCUCGGCCCCUCACCACUCCCUCCACAGUCUUCCCUGUUCUCUGCCUCCGCCGCUGCUCUCAAACCUGGGUGCCUAGAGCUAUGCGCAUCUCACCAGUGGGAAUCGAGGUAAUCCAAGCACCCGUGGAAGCAGUUUCAGCUGCUUCCACUCCUGCAACAACAUCCCGCUCCUCCUCUGUGGCCUCCAUAGCAGCAGCAGUGCGCUGGAGUGUGGAGUUUCAGGGUCUCUCCUCCCCUGCUCUCACUGUGCUCGCUAGCCCAGAGGAGGCCGCAUCUAGUGCAGGUGCUUCCAGUGGAGGCUCAUCUGGAGGGUUCUUUGGUGUGCGAAGGGGCGUGGCGGGGAGGGAGGAUGGGGGGUUUAUCCUGCGGCUGGGGUUUGGGAGGCGGGCCAAGGCGAUCACAGCUACUGGAGGGUGUUCCAACUCGGCCAUCCUGUCAAAGAUUGUUGACACAGCCAAGGGCUCCAUAGGCCGUGCGCUCACAGUGGACACCACCUCUCGCCCGAGUGUCACAGACUUUGUUUCACAGACUGCGGUGGGAGGAGUGGGUCCCAACGAGCCCCCGCUGGGGGAGUGGUCCGUCACCCUCGUCCGUCACUCUGCUCUGCUUCCAGACCCCUCCCCUCACGCCUCCUCUGCUGCUGCCGGUGGUGCUGGCGCUACCUCUAGCAGCAGCAGCAACAGCAAUAGCGUGGCAGGGGGGGGAGUGCAAGGCGGAUUGGGUGUGGAGAUGAGUGGCUCGGCUCGUCAAUUUGCCGUGACUCGGCACUACUUUGUGGAGCGCAACCCAGUCACUUAUGAGGCCACAUACAUGCGGCAGCUCUCAACCGUGUCGGCUCUGGUGCGAUGGGUGGAGGAGCCUCAGCUGCUGGCUCUGGAGUUCGUUGACGGGGCACCAAUCCUGGUGUACCGAUGUGCAGCACGUGACUCUCUCCUGUCCGCCCUCAAAGAUGCUAUUGAAACCGAGGGGGAUCAACUCCUGUUGAAGCACCUCGCAGCAGCAGCCAAGGAUGCAGUUGCCGACGGGGGAACCAUCCCUGGUUCGAAGACUCGGCUCUGGCGAAGAGUCAGAGAGUUCAACGCCUGUGUGCCUUACUCAGGGCUCUCGGCAGGGGUUGAUGUUCCUGAUGUGGUGGUCAUGGCUGUGCUUAGCAUGCUGCCCAGCCCGCCUGUUCCUCCUCCUGCGGGUACUGAGGCUGCUUAUAACGAAGCAGGUGCUUAUAGCGCAGCGGCAAUUCUCCCUGCGCCUUCCCCGAGGGCUGCUGGGACGCACAUUGGGCUGCUGGCGUGUCUGCGGCGCCUGGUGGGGGCAAGUGGCGCGUUCUCAUUGGUGGUGGGGAUGCCGGGAGCAGUGGGGAGAAUUAUGGGGCUUGUGCGGAGUGGGUCAGAGGCAGUGGCGGCUGAAGCACUCGAUCUGCUGCGAGUCAUCAUAGCACUGCCAGUCUCUCUGCGGAAUACAGCCAGCCAGAUUGGAGCAGCCAGUCAGGGCACAGCAGCUGCCAGCACAGCAUGCAACAAGGCCAUGGCUGCUCGCGCUGCUGCCAAAGCCGCUUUCUUCCCCACGCCUGUCCAGGUGGCAGCAGUGGUGAAUCGCCUGAAGCCACGGUCGGUGUCGCCACUGCUGUCAGCUGCAGCAGUGGCGGUGGUGGAAGCGCUGGUGUGCUCGCCUGACAGUGACACCACACAGGACGCAAUCUUCCAUGAGACACUGCGCCAGGUGGCAAACCUAAAGCGCCGUCUCUUCUCCCUGUUCGCGCAUCCAGCCGAGGGCACACGGGAGGCAGUGGCAGUCAUCAUGUGCACCAUCGCAGAAGAAGACGAGGCCGCCGCCCGGCCCAUGCGCGAUGCCGCCCUAAAAGACGGCGCUUUCCUGCGGCACCUGAGCAACAGUGUUGCAGCAGCGGGAGGGGAGAGGAGAGAUCUGAGCCGGCAGCUGAUUGCCCUCUGGGCUGAAGGGCAUGACCCCAGUCUGGAUCUCAUCCGAAGGUGCUUCCCUCCUGGUCUCUGUGCUCAUCUGUACUCGCGUCGUGACACGUCAGCAGCACUGCCAGGUCAGCAGCAGGUCGGGAGGAAGGGCAGGAGGAGGGUAUCAGCAGCAGCUGCUGCUAUCGGCCGCAGAAGGCACGGGCUAGGGGGUGUGGGCGCUGGGGGCUGGGGCAGUGCGGGGGAGAGCAUGACCGGUAAUCUGGGGGUUGGUUUGGGAGGAGGGCAAAUGGCAGGAGCAGGGAGUGGUGAGGAUGGGCAGUUCUCAGCGGCUGCAGCGGAUUUUCUGUCUCAGUCAACGCCUUUCCUGCCCUCCUCCCGCCCGCAAGACCUGUCCAUUUCGGACCUCUGGCCUGCCGGAGCUGCCUCAGCUUCGGCCCUAGCCAGCUCGGUGCCCCAGCAGCACCACAGGAAGCAAGCACAGCCGGGGGAGGUCUCAACUGGGAGCGGUUCUGGCACGAGUGCCGUUGACGGUCAACCAGACACCGGCGCUGCUGCUGCUGCAGCUGGUGGCGGCGCUGUGGAUUCUCCCACUGACAGUACAGGGGAGGCAGGGGCAGCAGCAGUGGGAUCGAUUCGGGACCCUGCAGCGUUUUUCCGGUCGCUGUACCACCGGUUCUUGAGGGAGGCGGAUAUGGGGCUCGUGGUGGAUGGGGUUGACGCCUCUCAGGAUCGUGCCAGGCUGAGUGAGUGGUGCGACCCCACAGGCGAAGACUGCUUCGGAGGAGCCCAGCUGCAGCAGCCUGCUGCAGCAGCAGGGGAUGAAGGAGCAGUGGAAGGUGGAGCCAGCAAGGGAGAGGGGCAGGGAGGGCAGGGUGGGAAGGGAGGAAAGGGAGGGAAGGGAGGAGGGGCGGUGAGCAAUGCGGUGCGGGAGCUUUGUGCGCGGGCCAUGGCGAUAGUGUACGGGCAGUACGGGGCGGUGAUAGGGCCGUUUGACGGCACGGCGCAUGUCACUCUGCUGCUUGAUCGCACCUUGGAUAGAACCCUCCGCCACCGCCUGCUGCUGCUGCUCAAGGCGCUGGUGCGAGUGCAAGAGAAUGCGAGUGCGUGUGUGGCGGUGGGAGGGUGUGAGCUGGCAGUCGACCUCCUCUGCUCUGCACACGACGCCCAUGAACGCACCUCCAUUCCUCUCCAGUCCAACCUGCUGGCGGCAACGGCAUAUACUGAACCACCCAAGGAGUGGUUCUACAUGCUGCCCAACGGGGGCCGCGUGGGGCCCGUGCUCAAGGCGGCAGUGCAGCAGGCGCGGUGGCGGGGGGAGGUUGACUGGAGCACCCGCUGCUGGGCGGCCGGGUGGGACGAGUGGCGCCGCGUGUGUGACGUGCGGGAGCUGCGCUGGGCCAUGGCCACUGGCGUUGCCAUCCUCACGCCUGCUCAGGUUCAUGUGUCUCUCAGUGACAGCACACACCCGCGUGCAUUGAGGUGUAUUUUGAGGCGCUUUAAAAGAUGCCUGCCGCACCUCGCACAGGCCAUUCUCACCAACGAGCCUGCUAUAGUGGAAAAGGCCGCGCUGCUAUUGGAGGAGAUCGUGCGCUACAAUCCAACAGUCGCCACCCGCCUGUACACCACGGGCGUGUACUUCUUUGCGUUCGCCUACGCUGGCUCCAACUUUGGGACGCUAGCGUCGCUCUGCCACGCCACACACACACGGCAAGCGUAUGUGAGCGGCAUAGAGGCAGCGGACAUGGCGUCACAGCCGCUGGCCAAGCGCAGCAUCCUGGGAGUGCUGCUGCCAGAGAGCCUGCUCUACGUGCUUGACAGGCGUGGGGCAGCAGCGUUUUCCGCUGCUGUUGUGGCGGACUCUGAUUCGCCGGAGCUCAUCUGGACGCAUGCCAUGCGGGGCUCCGUGCUCAUCCCGCAGAUUCUCUCCCACCUGGGCGAUUUCCCCCAGCGCCUGAGCCAGUUCUCCAGGGCGCUGUAUGACCACACGCCCAUGCCGCCCAUCUCGUACCCCGAGCUCAAGGACGAGAUGUGGUGCCACCGCUACUACCUCCGGAAUUUGUGCGAUGAGAUCCGUUUCCCUGAUUGGCCGAUUGUGGAGCACGUGGAGUUCCUCCAGUCGCUGCUCGCCAUGUGGCGAGAGGAGCUCGCAAGGAAGCCCAUGGGGAUCUCCGAUGAGGAAGCAUGCGCCAUUCUCGAGAUUCCCACCGACAAGCAGCAGCCAGCCUCCGCCGCCGCAGGCACCGCCUUCCCCGCUACAAGACAAGGCGUGCAAGUGGACGAGGACGUGCUGAAGAGGCAGUACCGGCGCAUGGCGGUGAGAUAUCACCCGGACAAGAACCCUGAAGGGCGGGACAAGUUCAUAGCAGUGCAGAAGGCAUACGAGCACCUGCAGUCUGCCAUGCAGGGCCUGCAGGGGCCGCAGACCUGGCGCGUGCUGCUGCUACUGCGCGCGCAGAUUAUUCUGUUUCGGAGGUAUCCGGGAGUUUUGGAGCCGUUCAAGUAUGCUGGGUUCCCGCUGCUGCUGCAGCUGCUGCGGCUGGAGGAUGGGGAUGGCGAGGCAGGUGCAGGGAAUGCGGGGGAUGGUGCGGGUGAUGGUGCUGGUGUUGGUGCUGUUGGUGGGGAGGAUGGUGGGAAGGCGUGGCGGCAGCAGGAGAGCGCAUCUAGCUUUCUGCCGCCAGAGCGUUCGGAGUUACUGCAGGCAGCAACGCAUCUGCUGUGGCUCAUCUGUGCCUGCUCCUCCCUCAACGGCGAAGAGCUCUUGCGAGACGGGGGCCUGCCUCUCCUCACCACGCUCCUCUCCCGCUGCCUCUCCCUCCUCUCCCCCUCCUCCUCCCCCACUGACCCCCCUGCCCUCAUCGCCACCCACAUCCUCCGCACGCUCGCCAUUCUCUCCGCCUUCCCCUCCGCCCGCACCGAGGUUCGGACCAACCAAGCCUGCGCAGCAGCCUUGGUGCCGGACCUGGUGGUGGCGACGGAGCUAGAGAGCACGCCCGGGGCUGUGGAAGCAGCACUAGAGGGGAUUUUCCACCUGGCGCUGUCUAAGGGGCUCAGAGAGAGGCUGCUAAGGGCUGGUGCAUUGUGGUAUCUGCUUCCGCUGCUCUUUAAGUUCGAUUCCACUGCGGAUACUGCUGGUGGUGAUACCAAAGGCGGAGGCGGCAGCAGCAGCAGCCUGAGUGCAGGUGCAGCAGUGACUGCGAAGGCCGGCAGCGGCGGCGGAGCCUUGCUUCUAUCUGCCUCUCAAUCCUAUCAGUCCUCUUCCCAGUACCUCGCCCUGCCCUCCACAUCACACACUAUCUCCACCCCUCUCCCUUCCACCGGUACGAAUGGCACCAGAAUCAACACCAGCAGCACCACAUUCUCCUCCUCCACCUCAGCCUCUGCCUCUGCUGUCACCGGUGUCACGGGCCAAUCAGCAAUCGGCGCCAACGUCCAGUCAGAGCGCAACCUGCAUGCAGUACUGGCAGCACGAGCCAUUGCUCGACUGACAGGGUACCUGAGGGAGAAAGGCGGGUUUGCGGAGAGGGGAGGCGAGGAGGAAGGGUGGGGGGAGGGCGAGGGGGAGGAGGGGUCGGCGGAUGCAGCAGCACGGGCGGCUGUGAAGGUGCUGCUGACGCCGCGGCUGGCUGCUAGACUGGCAGAGAACUCGCCUGUGGGGCUGCUCAAGGCGCUCACCAGCAAUGUGGAGAGCCCUCAGGUGAUAUGGAGCAGUGGCAUGAGGGCACAGCUGCUGCGGUUUCUGGAGGACAGGAGGGCGCAGAGGGAGGCAGAUGGGUCGUAUGCGGUGGAUGCAUGCCAGACGUUUGUGUACACUGCACUGGAGGACGAGAUCCAGGUGGGAGACAUCUACCUCCGUCUCUUCAUCCAACAUCCAGACUUUCCUCUCUCUGACCCCGAGUCACUCUCCGCUGCCCUCGUGCCUUUCCUGCUCGACAUGUGCGCGCUGCUCCCGCCCAUGCACCACUCCCAAUCGCACCACACGCCUCUGCACCCUGCUGCUGUCCUGCUGCUGCGCAAGUGGGACCGGCGGGGUGUGGAGGGGGGCGAGGAGGAGGAGGAAGAGGACAGGAAAGGGGAAGGGGAAGAGGAGGAGAACGGCGGAGAGGCUAGAAUCCGCCAUCUCGCGCUGGCAGUGCUGACCAGACUCACCGGCUUCGCACCUAGUGUGGCUGCGAUGGUAUCAGACCGAGGGUCUCUCCUGAUGCUGCUGCUGCUGCUCGUGCGAUCGCCGCAAUCUCGGCCGUCCAUUCUGGGCAUGCUGCAGUCGCUGGCGGGUACGCCAGAGCUAGCGUGGGUGGUGGCGAAGCAAGGCGGCGUCGUCUUCCUCCUCGCGCUCCUGCUCCCUGCCCCUGGAGACGACAUACCCCACCCUAUCCGGGUCACCACAGCCCUCCUCCUCUCCGCGCUCCUCUCUCAGCCCCUGCACGGCCCGCGGGUCUUCCUCUCCCUCUCCCGCUUCCUGCCCCAAGGCCUCCUCUCCUUCCUGCGGGACGGUUCAGGGGAAGCUGCCAUUGCUGCUCUCUCCCAGACCACGCAAACCCCCGAGCUCGUCUGGUCCCCCGCCCUCGCGCUCAAUCUCGGCCGUCGGAUAGCGGUGCUGGCUGCUGAGGUUGUACGGAUGGUAGAGAUCGCACGGAGGUCUGGUGGUGGGGGCAAGGGAGGAGGCGAGGGUGGUAGUUCCGUUUUUGGAAACCUGGCUUCUUUUGAAUGGGAUCCGCCUGAUCUUGUGGGGGCUAUCGGUGGGGGCACUCCAGGUGUUGCAUCAGGUGCUGGUUCGGGUGGUCCAGGUGGGGCGCCAGGCGCAUCAGACAACAGUCUGUUGAAUUCACCUGAAGAAGGGGACGAGUGGCAGGUGGGCGGCGUGUACAUUCGUCUCUUCCUCAAGGACCCCAAGUACCCGCUGCGCAACCCCAAGCGCUUUCUCGAGGGCCUUCUCGACCAAUACGUGAGACUUGAAUGCCCCUCAGGUGAUAGCCCUGCUGAUGCGGGCAAUCGGGUGGGCGGGAGCGGCAGUGCUGGCUCUGGAGACAAUGAAGAGAUUGCUGGCUCCAACCAACAGAUCUCGAGACGUCAUUGUUGCACAGGCGCUCAGGUCCUGCUUGCAAUCCUGGACUGGCGGGCAGGCGGAAAGGCUUCGCUGGCUGCCCGGAUGCGGUGGAGCGAAUCAGAGGCAGCGGUGGGGCGAGUGCUGACAGUGGAAAUUCUGAAGCUGCUGGGGGCAGAUGGGGCCUACUCCAUCCGUGUGCAAGAGAUCCUGAAUGGCUCUGAGGUGUGGAGGGCGUUCAAGGACCAGAAGCACGACCUAUUCCUGCCCACCAACGUGCAGUCAUCCGGUGCCGGUGUGGCUGGCUUGCUGCAGGGCGCUGGCUCUGCUGCCCUCGCCCUCCCUGCCCCCGCCGCCCCUCCCACCACCGCUACUCCUGCUGCUGCGCCUGCUGCUGCUCCUGCUGUGGCUGCGGCUGUCGCUCCUGGUGCUACUCUUUCCUCGUCUCCUCUUCAUUCUGGGGAAGCAGCUAGAAGCUUAUCCUCUUCUACUGCUGCAGUGUCUGCCCAUCACUCACCAGUACCCACCGGCUCUCAUCUCCCCCAUGCCUCACACUCCUCUCCCUCGCUCCUGCCUCUCUCCUCCAUGCCCACCCCCCUCUCUCCCGCCCAUCCGGUACCCACUCACUCUCAUCAUGCACACACUCCCUUCGCUCCCUCCCAACCUGCUUCUAUCGCAAUUCAUCCCUCUCCUGCUCGAACAGUGCCUCACUCCACAUCUGCAACAGCUUUCUCACCCUCCCCUUCCUUCCCAGCCGCCAUUUCAACCACUACAUCUCCCCCAAACCGCUCCCAAGCGUUGGAUCCGCUAUUAGGUUCAGCACCGGGGCUGGUGUCUGCAACAGGAGGUUCGGAUGCAGGUGUGGCUGGGAUGGCAGCUUCGGCAGUAGCUCGCGCCUCUGUAGGAGAGGCAGCUGGAGCCGUCACAAGAGCAACAGCUGGGGCACGAUCUAGUGGUGCUGUGGCAGGGCCGGCUGCUGGUUUGACGGCGCCUGCUGUAGUUUCAGCCUCGGAUUUUGAUCGAGUGGUGGAGGAAAAAAUGCUAGGAGGGGAAAUUGGUGGGGCUGCUGGUGGACAGGUGAUUGGUCAGGUGGCCCGGCAGGCUGAGCGGGAAAACACUUCUAAUGUAGGGAAGGCAAGGAUGGAGGAUGAAGGGUUUUUGGUGCUUGGGAGGCAGGGGACGGGGGGUACAGGGAACGAGGGUUAUGGGGGUGAUGAGGAAGAGGAGGAGGUGGCAAGGCAGCCCAUAGGGCUGGAUGCUGCCCCCUUGUAG